AUGGAAUUCACAGCUGUACCGAUAUCAGUCCUUGGCCUGGGGAACAUGGGAGCCGCUAUUGCUUCCGUGUUACUUGACAAGGGCCACCUGGUGACCAUCUGGAAUCGAACAAUCGACAAGGCGCAACAUUUUAUUCCAAGGGGUGCCAAGGUGGCUAAAGUUCCAGCAGAUUGUGCACAGCCUGGCUCGCUCGUGCUGAUAUCUCUGGCCUCAGAUGAGGUUGUUCGAGAUGUGCUCAGCAGAAUUCCGACCUUCAUUGGCUGCACCGUCAUAAACUUUACAACGAGUCGACCACAAUGGGAGAUUGGAACCGCAGAUAUUGUGACCAACAAACUCAGUGCUUUGGGGUAUCUGCACGGGUGGAUUAACUCCAUUCCCUCGGAAGUCAAAGCACAACAGGCAGACAUUACAUACAGUGGACCGGAAGCCGUAUUCGCAAAGCAGAAGCACAUUUGUCAGAUCUUUGGCAAGACAGUGUGGUCGUCAGAUGACCACAAAAAUAUCUGUUUGCUGGAAAAUGCUGCUCUUUCUAUGGUUGCAGGAUUUUGUGCGGCCUUUUUUCAAUCCCUGGCUUUAGCUGGAGCCGCAGGUGUUGAUACAGUUGAUUUUACACGAAAGAGUCUUCUGCCCCUGCUGCCAAUUUUUCAAAGUCUGUUGCCGCAAAUGGCCGAAACAGACCAAAAUCUGUCCCAAUCAACACCUGGGGACUCAGUAACUGUCAGCACAAUGUUGGGAGUGGUUUGUAAUGCGCGUGAGACGGCGGAGACAUCAGGUGUGUCGGGCCGUCUGUUGGAGGAUUUCAAUGCUCUUUUGAGGGAAGCGGUCGAGUCAGGACAGGGGCUCGAGGAUCUAUCCACUAUGAUUCAGAUGCUCAGAAGAGAGAACAAGGAAUGA